CACGGAAGACCCACGAUAGAAGAGAACAGGCAACACCUCAACGUAAUCUCCCCCUCAGAACUAGUUUCAGGAAACAAUAACGGUCGUGCAUCGGAUUCGGGGUCAGGUUUAACUUCACUCUGGUGCUGACAGCGUGUGAGUAAUGAUGGUGUCUAUAAUGCAUCUGUAGCCGAAGCUGCUUCUGCCUCGUUGGAACCCAAAACAAACUGUUAGCAAGCUCCGUAGUGGCGUCAUCAGCUGAAGAAGAUGCCAGCUCGUAACGUUGUGUCCAGCGACACGCCGAACAGCAAAGUGAGGUACUCCAGGUUGGCCUCUGAUGAUGACGGCUACACGGAUUUACAGUUCAAAAGAAGCCCACCCAAAGUCCCAUACAAAGCCAUAGCACUCGCCACAGUCCUCUUCCUAAUCGGCUCGCUGUUGAUCAUCAUUGGCUCGCUUCUCCUGGCGGGAUACUUUGGAGUCGCCCACUCAGACCGAACUGUGCCUGUCCUUAUCAUUGGGAUCCUUGUCUUCCUCCCUGGAUUUUACCAUCUACGAAUAGCUUACUAUGCAUCCAAGGGCUACCGGGGCUACUCCUAUGAUGACAUCCCAGACUUUGAUGACUGAUAGAAACCACAGCUUCAGUCUUCUUAUACUCGUAUAUAAACUACCAAUAUUCUCCUUUUGCUUAUUUAAAAGGCACUGACUUUUUGAAAGGAAAUAAGCUUUCAAUAGAUUCUGUAAAUUGAUUUCAUCUAAAUCUGGAUGAUUUUAAUGUCGCUGUCAGAGGGUUAUAUGCCGAGGUAUUUGGUGCCAGCCUGCUGUAAUGAAGUCAAAUCAGUCUCCGGCAUUGUUUUUUUGUUUUGUUAGCCUAAUAAAUCAUUAAGACUGUAA